AUGUUGAGCAGCGCCGGAACUCCCACCCAAAAGGCAUACCAGCCUCAGCAGCCGUCAGUAGCCAAUGCCUCUCGCCCGAGUCUGGAGAGAGAUAACAACAAUGGUCUCCAACCACCUGCGCUCCUCAGCGCAUCGCGCAUCACCACGGCCUCCGGCGUGAGUUUUGCCCCCCGAGCGUCUUCCCUGAAUCCGAAUCCGGCGCCCGGUAGUUUCAGCAGCGACUUCCGCGUUCUCAACCCUACCCAACGAGCCCCGUCGAGGACCGAUACCUAUUCGAGGGACAACAAAGUCCCCGAUGAAAAUGAGACCGUUGCCGAGAAGAAUAUCGCCGGCUUGAGGGAGGCCCUCAAUCGCGAGAUGAAGAUCAAGGAGGGUAGCGAGAACAUGCUCGAGGCCCUGAACAACAAGAAAGCCAAGCAGUCCAAGGAACAACGUGCCCGGGUCGAGGCGGAGUUGAAUUCCUCCAACCAGAAAAUCAAGGAACUGCGCCAGAAGAUUUCCGAUGCUCAGCAGCGGACGAGGGUCCCCCAGCCGACGACGCCGACGAGACAGCGGACAGGCGAGAGUCUACUGAGCAGCAACGGCUUCCGCUCGCCCCAUAGUGUGUCCCGCAGUGGUGCCGCCUCGGAUCUCGAGGAAGCGACGGAAUCACCGACCUUCGCACUCGCAGAAUUAUUACAGGCUCUUGAAGCUGAGCGCAUGACCCCGGAUUACUAUGUCAGUAGGGCGAACUCGUUGGUCGAUCUUUUUAAGCGGCAUCCAACUCUCAAAUACGAUCUUGUGUGGUCUCUCAUUAAAGAUAGAAAGGCUGAUGUGGAGCGAGAACAAGCUUUAAAGUUCGUGCGAGCAUUCCUUGAUGUCAAGGACGGCGUCAAGGAAAUCUCUCGGGCUGUCGUUAGGGCUAUAGCCGCCCUCGCCGAGCACGGUGAUGACAGGACGGGCUCGCGGGCGGCGCUUGAGGCCCUGGAACGAGAGGACAGACUUCGCCCAAUCUGCAUCGAGACGCUCGCUGAAGUUCUUGUUCGAGAUCCCCCGCUGCUUCUUGCUUCCGGCGGCCUUGCUCCACUCUACGAUGCUCUUUCAGAGGGCACAUACAAGGCCCCUGAAGGUCUUACAGCUGCAUUUCUAUUCCUCCUUGACUCGCCAAACAAGAGAAAGUUUUUGCAGCCUGGCUAUAGCGUCGAGUCUCUGUUUAGUCCCUUCACUGAUCAGCUUCUCGAAAAUGAAGGGCUCCUAAAACAAAACGCAAAAGCUAUUGCCGCUGCUUUGAACACUUGGCCUGGUCUCAUGGCCUUGUCCAUGUACGAGUUUCGUACCGUCAAGUCCUUUGUGGAAUGCAUGCUCUACCCAUCGCUGGCUGUGAAGGAGACAGUUAUUGACCUUAUCUAUUCUCUGUUACGGAUUAAGUCGCCUGGCUGGGCCCAGUCCUACUUGGCAGGGCGACGGCUGACAACAUAUGGCCGAGUGACCAGUCUGAGGUCAGCGACAGAUAAGAUCGCCGUCGCCACAGCAGACGAGGAAUCGGGAGAGCAGAAUUUUGUCGAGCACUAUACCGCCCUUCUCCUCACAGUAUUUAUCCGAUCCAACCUCCUUCCGGUCCUCCUCAAACUCACCCAGUGCUAUGACAACCCUACCUUGAAGCGGAAAACAACCCUGCUUUUGGGAGAGGUCCUGAAGCUGUCGAGUAGGCUGCUGCUACCGAGCUGGAGUGGCGAGCUGCAGCUCCUACCGGAGCUCUUUGCCGCUGCUACACAAUUCGACAAUGAAGAUCACUUUAACGCAACAGGAACCGUUUAUCAAAUCAGCAGUGUUAGCAAAACGCUUUAUAGAACCUCUCCUUCCGGCUCGGGAGGUGGCGAACUAACACCAACCAACACGUACGGGGACUCAGUCGACGACCAUCCAAAAGCGAACCCAUCCGUAAUAACCGAUGACACGACGUUCCGCCAGCUCCUGAUCGACAGUGGGGUGCUUACAAGCUCAAAUCACUCAAAAUGGAAUUGGGAUGUAGUGAUGAGGAUCUUUGAGGGCCCUCUUCAAAAUGGCAAGCGCCUCGAGGAAGCUGCCAAGGCAUCGAAGUUCCUCAAGCGGAUAAUCAGUUUCUACCGACCCUUCAAGUACAAGUUUUCCGAGCUCAAGAGCACGCGAAAUACGCAAAAAUAUGUCCGUGCCGGAUGCGCUUUGAUGCAUUCUUUGACGCAGUCCCCCGAGGGCCUGAGGUUCCUCGCUGAGAGCAAGUUGUUGAAGCAAAUUGCUGAGUGCCUUGCUCAAUGCGACCCGGCAACUGGAUACCCAACACAGUUCCCAAUGUUCUCGAAGGAUAGGCUUAUUGAUACGCUCUGCGGAGGAUACUUCGCCAUGAUCGGUGUGCUCAGUGGAGAUCCAAAGGGCCUAGCUCUUCUUGACAGGUGGCGCAUGUUCAACAUGAUGUACCACAUUGUUGACUUGAAGCAGCGCCCUGAUCUUAUCAAGCUGAUACUCUCGAACCUCGACUACAGUAUUAACGGUCACCCUCGAGUACUCCUGUCGAAAGCGCUGACUGGUGGGACUAUGGACAUUCGGAUCCAUGCGACAAACGUGUUACGAAAAUACGCAAUCCGACCCCUCUCGUCGCAAGAAGCGGUGGCCGACUCCAAGUGGGCUAUCCAACUUCUAGUAACCCAGUUGUAUGAUCCAGAAAUUGAGGUGUGCUCUACAGCCAUCAAAAUCCUCGAGAAAGCAUGCAAUAGGAAGACAUACCUCGAGUACAUCGUCGAAUGCCGCCCAUCCCUUGACCACUUGGGUGAGAUUGGUGCACCCUUGCUCUUACGCUUCCUCUCCACCUCUAUCGGUUACAAGUACCUCGAUGGUCUGGAUUACAUCAGUAACGAGAUGGACGACUGGUUCUUGGGACGCAACGACUCGUACGUCAGCCUCAUCGAGGCCAGUCUCGCUCGGGCAUUCAUGGACAGCCCCGACGACCAUCAGAACCGGAUGAGCCUGUUCGAUGAAACAGCCGUCGGCGAUUUCGCGGAUGCCCAUGUGCCUCCGCACUUUUACCGCGAGUUGACACGGACGCAGGAGGGCUGUAAGCUCCUGAGCGAGAAGGGCCAUUUUGAAGAGUUCGCCGCCACCAUCCGCGAACACGGCAUGCAAUCGGAAGACCCGGAACUCAUCACCAAGGUGAAGGGAUGCAUGUGGGCCGUCGGCAACGUGGGGUCCAUGGAGCUCGGUGCUCCGUUCCUCGAAUCCAGCGAUGUCGUUGAGCAGGUUGUGAAGAUUGCCCAGUCACACGAAGUCAUGAGCCUUCGCGGUACAGCCUUCUUCGUCCUAGGCCUGAUCUCGAGAUCUGUGCACGGUCUGGAGAUCCUCUACGAGAACGGCUGGGACGCGAACACAAACUCCAUGGGACGCUCCCUGGGGUUUUGCCUCCCAGUCGAUAUUACAAAGUUCUUCUCCCUGACGCCUUGGAGGUCGGAGAGAGUCGUCAAUAUCACCCUCCCCGAAUCACAAAAAACCGAGCAGGUUGCGCCUCCCCCGAUGCCCACGCGGCCUCCGCUAGAGCCCCAGGAGCAGCUGACGGACCACAGCGACGACGCGGUAAACCAGCGCGUCCUCGACCUCGUCGUGGACCUGAGCAACUCCGUCCUCUUCAAGCGCGCUAUGAGCGAGCUAGUCCAGGUCAAGCAGCUACGCCGUGGCGGAUUCACCUCCGUGCGGCUCUUUAGGCAGAUCAUGGCUCUUCUGGAGUAUAACCAUUACCGUCUCCCUAUACGGAAAGUUGUCACUGAGCUUUUCCACAAGAGCGUGCUGAGGCGGAUUGUUUUCGAGGAGGAUGCCAAUGAUGAGGAUGAAGGUGAUGAGGAUGAGGAUGAGGAUGAUGGCUAUGGCUCUGAUUCUGAAGAUGAUACCCGGACAGAGAGGCAACGGAGUGUCUCGGAUCCAACCGAUUUUGAAGGGCGAUAG